AAACUCACAUACACAAACAACAUCCUCCAUUUCCUCUCUCUCACCAACCCUUUUCAAUCCUCAACAUAAUUCUUUUCCUCCAAAUCUCCCCCAAAGCAAUCCCUUUCUUUCCAUAGACAAGCAAAACAAGAACAAAAUAAACGAUCUAUCUAUGGCUUUUUCAAGGACAUCUCCAUUGAUUCUCUUCUUUGCUUGCUCUCUCUUCCUCCAUGGAACACUAGGUGAGAUUAUAUGCGAGGACUUGCCUACGGAUGUUUGUUCAUUUUCAAUUGCAUCGUCCGGCAAGAGGUGUUUGUUGGAGAAUUACGCAACAAAAGACGGAAAGGUGGCAUAUCAAUGCCGGACAUCAGAAGUGGUUGUUGCGAGGAUGGCUGAGUACAUAGAGACUGAUCAAUGUGUUAGUGCAUGUGGGGUUGAUAGGAACUCUGUUGGAAUAUCAUCUGAUGCCUUGCUUGAGCCACAAUUCACUACCAAGCUUUGCUCUCCAUCUUGCUACCGGAACUGCCCCAACAUUGUCGAUCUUUACUUCAAUUUGGCCGCCGGAGAAGGUAAGAAAACAUCAUGA